UCUUCACAUUUCUUCUGAUAACAUUCCAUUUACUUGGAAGGAAAAAUGGCCAAAAAAUGUGAGGGACAUGCAGUGGGAAUAGAUCUUGGAACAACAUAUUCUUGUGUUGCAGUGUGGCAGCAACAACAUUCUCGAGCUGAGAUCAUACCCAAUGACCAAGGCAACAGGACAACUCCUUCUUACGUUGCUUUCACUCAUAAUCAAAGGUUGAUUGGUGAUGCUGCUAAGAACCAAGCUGCCAUCAACUCCACCAACACUGUCUUUGAUGCUAAGAGGAUGAUUGGUAGGAAAUUUGCUGACCCCAAUAUUCAGAAAGAUAAAGUAUUGUGGCCAUUCAAAGUCAUUUCUGGUGCUAAUGGCGAACCAAUUGUUUCUGUUAAGUACAAGGAUCAGGAGAGACGCCUUUGUCCUGAAGAAAUUUCAGCCAUGGUUCUGACAAAGAUGCGUGAGACUGCAGAGGCAUAUUUAGAUUCACCUGUGGAGUAUGCAGUCAUUACUGUCCCGGCCUACUUCAGUGACUCGCAGCGCAAAGCCACCAGAGAUGCCGGUGCCAUUGCUGGUCUCACUGUCAUGAGGUUAAUCAAUGAACCUACUGCUGCAGCUAUUGCUUAUGGCCUUGAUAAGCGAGCUGGUAACUGUUCUGCAGAAAGGAAUGUUUUGAUCUUCGACCUUGGAGGUGGUACUUUUGAUGUAACCCUCCUUACCAUCAAGGAUAAGUUGUUUGAAGUUAAGGCCGCAUGUGGAAACACUCAUCUUGGUGGGGAAGACUUUGAUGACAGAAUGUUGAAAUACUUUAUAGAAGAGUUUGAAAAGAAGAACAAAGUUGACAUAAGUGGUGAUUCAAGAGCCUUGAGGAGGUUGAGAAACGAAUGCGAAAGGGCGAAAAGGACACUCUCAAGCUCCAUUGAUGCGUUCAUUGACAUAGAUUGUUUAUUUAAGGGUAUUGACUUCUCUUCAUCUAUUACUCAAGCUAAGUUUGAGGAACUUAACAAGGACCUCUUUGAAGAGUGUAUUGAGAUAGUAAAAGAAUGUGUUACCAAUGCUGGUAUAGACAAGAGGUGUAUACAUGAGGUUGUCCUUGUUGGUGGAUCUUCUAGGAUUCCAAAAGUGCAACAACUACUGCAGGAAUUCUUCCAAGGGAAAAAUCUGUUCAAGGCACUUAAUCCUGAUGAAGCUGUUGCUUAUGGAGCCGCCCUUCAGGCUGCUUUGUUAAGUGAAGGCUUUAAGAAUGUUCCAAAUGUGGUGGUGUGCGAUGUUACUCCGUUGUCACUUGGUAUAUGUGAAAAAGUAGAUAUUAUGAGCAUAGAAAUUCCUAGGAAUUCUAGUAUUCCUAUAAAGAAGAAAACUAAAUACGGCACAGUUGUGGAUAACCAAUCUUUUGCACGUGUUUUUGUUUAUGAAGGUGAGAGGGCAAGAGCUAGUGAUAACAACUUGCUGGGCCGAUUUGUGCUUUCUGGUAUUCCUCCUGCUCCUCGAGGCCAUCCUAUUAUGAUAUGCUUCAAUAUAGACGAAGAUGGUAUCUUAAAUGUAUCUGCUGAAGAAGAAACUACUGGUAAAAGCAACGAGAUUACCAUAACCAAUGAUAAAGGGCGAAUGUCGGCUAAGGAAAUUGCAAGAUUAAUUCAGGAAGCUAAAAUUUAUGAGGCUGAAGACAGAGAAUUUCUUGAGAAGGAUGGAGCAAUGAAUGAUUUGGAUGACUAUGUUUACAAAAUGAGAAAAGCUUUAGAAGAUAUUGAAAUGGACAAGGAAAAGAUCGGUGAUGCAAUUGUUAAGGCCAAGAGUUUGCUUGAUGAUCACAAAGAGCAGCAUAAAAAAGAUGUGUUCGAGAAGAAUAUGAAGGAUCUUGAGUUAUAUUCUGAAUCACUAAAUGCAAAUCUGAAGAAUAUGAUAUUAUCUUAUACUAUAUUUUGAGUUAUUAAUUGUUAAGAUUAUGUCCUUGAAUUGUGUAUGAAGAUCACUUUGAUCGUCUUUGAUUAACAUGAUGUACCUAAAGCUAAGAAAAACUUGGAAACUAGUGCCUUUUCUAUAUAUUACUGAUAAAAAUCUAGAUUCAGCAGAAGUAUGGAAGCAGUGUAGGAGUGCCUUUUCUAUAUAUUAGCACAGGUUAUUGUACAUUAGGGAGAUAAUAUUAUGAGUUUUAGGUUUGUGCAUCAAUUCCUGAGUUUAUUUUACUAAAAGCACUAAACUUUAUUAUUUAUUAAUUAUAAACA